CACGAUCAAAAUAAUUUUUACAGUAGACUAAUAUACAUACAUACGAGUACAUACGUGCGCUACAUUUACGUUGUUUUCUGUACAGAAGUAAAAAACAUAUGUAAAAUAUCUUAUUUAAUCCCUUUAAAUUUACUAUUUAAGUAUCUAAAAAAAUACAAAAUUUAAAGUUUAUCCGUUUACUCGCAAUCGCAAGUAAAAAUGCUUAGCACAAGUGUUUUGUUAGGUUCAAUUUUGAUAUUGUGGAUAUACUUCCUAUGGUCCCGCCGCCACUAUUAUAUAGUUGCAUGGAAAUUACCUGGACCAAUAGGGCUACCCCUUUUAGGAGUUGGAUUAAGAAUGACAGAUCCUGAGAAGUUUCUUUCAUACCUCACCGAAAUAACCAAUAAAUACUCAAGCCCGUGCAUUUCAUGGAUGGGUUCGAAAUGUUUUUUGUACACCAGUGAUCCUGAAACAGUAGAAACAGUUUUUAACUCUCCAAGCUGUACAAAUAAAGGUGACUUCUAUAAAUUCAUGGCAUCAUCAAUUGGAGACGGUUUAUUUACUUCAAGCAGCCCCCGAUGGAACAAACACCGAAAGCUCAUAAAUCCAGCAUUUAGUAGGCAAAUUAUCAACCAAUUUUUGCCAAUUUUUGAUUCAUCUGCAAAUAUUUUGAUAACGAAAUUACAAACUAAUGGUGACGAAAAACAGCAUCUCUAUGAUCUUCUCAAAAAAUGUGUUCUAAAAGCAGCGUGUCAGACAACUAUGGGAAAAGAAAUGGAGUUUCAAAACGACAGAUUUUCGGAAUUGUUCGAAUCUUAUAAAAACAUUAUGGACGUGUCGGUUCAGCGAAUGCUCUGUCCUUGGCUUUAUCCUAGUGUGUUUUACAAAGUCUCUUCGCUGCAUUCAAUGGAGCGUAAAACUGUUAAAAUCCUCUAUGAUUUUAUUGAAACCCUACUUCAAGGAAAACCUUCAAUUGAAAACGAUAUUCUUCUUCGGCCAGAAAAUGAAAAUUUAAACAGGAAAUCGAAAAGUAUUUUUGUGGAACAAGUGAGAAAUUAUGUAGAGCAAGGCCAACUAAGCUGGGACGACAUUCGAGAUGAGGCGAAUGUAAUCAUAGCAGCGGCUUUUGAAACUACGUCCACGGCUUUAUAUUUUGUUACACUGUGCUUGGCCAUCCAUUCUGAAUACCAACAAAAAUUAUUUGAUGAACUUUCAUCUAUAUUUCCAGACAAAGAAUUUAAUAUUUCUGAAGAAGACUUGAAAAAAAUGACCUAUACGGAAAUGGUUAUAAACGAAGGGAUGCGAUUAUUUUCACCCGUACCAGUGGUCAUACGAACUGCAUCCGAAGACUUUUAUCUGAAAAAUGGAAUAAAAAUUCCUAAAGGGACUCAAAUUGGCAUCGACAUCUUUAACAUGCAACGAAACUCUAAGUUCUGGGGAUUAAAAGCCAUGGAAUUUUAUCCGGAUCAUUUUCUUCCAACUAAUUUAAACAGCCGACAUCCUUUCGCUUUCAUUCCCUUUACGAAAGGUUUGAGAAUGUGUAUUGGCAAUCGAUAUGCCUUACUAAUAAUGAAAGUUUUUAUUGCUAAAAUUUUUCGGAAUUUCGAGAUACAUACAGAAGCGAGUAUUGAGGACCUUGUAUUAAAGGGAACGAUUUCUCUUAAACUAAGAAACUACCCAACCUGCACUAUUAAGGAAAGAAAUUUUUGAAAUAUUCAAAUAUAUACGUUUGUAUGUACUUAUGUAGAAUUCUAUGAAAUUGUGUUCUACACUUACACAAUUAUUAAAUUAUUAUUAUUUUUUACACGAAUUCUCUUUAAAAGUUAAAAUUAAUAAAAAUGAACUAUAAUCAAAAUUUAUUUUAAAGUAUGUAUAUUAGUAUUGAAUCAAAAAAUCUAACGCCACGAAAAAGGGUAAUUUUAUAAACAUUAUUAACAUUAAGAACAUUAUCUUCAUGUGUAUAUCAGAUUAUCUUAUUUAUCCCACUUCUUGUGUUAUAUAUAUCUAUAAAUAAGGCUUGAAGAAUCGCUUAACCAUACAUAAAUAGGUUUCUAGCAAAAACAGAGAAACCCCUUUUAAAAUGGAUACUUCGUACAUUUUUUAAAAUAGUUUUUUGACUUUUCAUUGCUAUUAAUAAACAAGUUGAGACAACACAACA